AUGGCCCGAGACAUCAAUGUCAUGCUUUAUGGGCUUGGAGCGAUCGGGUCGUUCUACGCCUUCAUCUUGGAACGCACGAAACGUGUUCGUUUAACCGUUGUGGCACGUUCCAACUACGAGGCUGUUAAGAAUGAUGGACUGCACAUCAAAAGCUUGAACCAUGGCGAUCACGUCGUGCAUCCGGCCAAAGUUGUCAGAACACCGGUCGAAGCCGGGGAAACCUACGAUUACAUUGUGUGUACACACAAGGCCAUUGACCAAGCCUCAAGCACCAAGAAUCUCGCUCCCGCCGUCGACGAAAGCAAGACUUGCAUCGUGAUCAUUCAGAACGGUGUUGGAAACGAAGACCCGUUCCGGGAAGCGUUCCCCAAGUGCCCAAUUCUGAGCUGCGUGACGUGGGUGGGUGCCCGCCAAGAUACCCCCGGCGUCGUGAGCCACUGGAAAUCAGAAAACACGCAGAUCGGAAUCUUUCGAAACGAGGCACUUGAUCAAGCCGUUGAACGAGCCCGCCUGGACGAGUUCGCGUCGUUGCUGCGCGAAGGCCAAACCCCGUUCUCCGUCGAGGACAACGUCCAGAUCCAGCGUUGGGAGAAAGUUGUCUGGAACGUGGCGUGGAAUUCGCUGACGACGCUCACCAUGCUCGACACCCACUCGUGGCUGAAGUCGUCGCCCGACGCCAUGCCCAUGACGCGGAAUCUGAUGCGCGAAGUCAUUGACGUGGCGAGAAAGUGCGACGUGCCGCUCAGAUACGAGUUGAUCGACGAGCUCAUCGUCAAGAUCCUGGAGAUGCAGCCCAUCGGCAGCAGCAUGCAGACGGACGCCAAGAUGGGAAGACCCAUGGAGGUGGACGUGAUCUUGGGGACGCCGGUGCGGAAGGGGAGGGAGUUAGGGGUCCCCAUCCCGAUUCUGGAGGUGCUGCAUACCUUGUUGGUAGCCGUCAACUCUCGCAUGAAGCCCGGUCCAUCUUGA